AUUUUAAACACCGUUUGAAAAGUCGAUUGAAGAUGAAAUAAAGAACAUGUGUCAGCUUAACAACUGAGAAAAGGUUUAGUCAUCUUCAUAUUGCCAUCGAGCAACACGUCUACUGAAAGAGAAGCUUUUUUAACAGAACCUUAACAGAGACAUUUUGCUGGCCUAAACGUAAUGCCUCUCUGUGUUCUUAAGUAAAAACUUAGCAUUGAAAUUAAUCAAUUUAAUAUGCAAUGAAAUAACAAACGACAAACGCAGACUCAGAGUCAUAUCAAAACAAGUUUCGGCUUAAAAGUGACAAAACGUGUUUGCACACUAUAUAUACAUAUUAUGUAUGUAUGUAUGUAUAAGUUUAGUUGAAUGCAUACCUAUGUGCAUAUAUUAAGUUGGACGACGGACGCUCGUUCGUGCUCUCAACGUUUGUUCGCCCACAGUUUUUAUUUAUGCGGUCUACCUAGUGAGAAAGCACGCGCAUAUUGGUGAGGGAAAAGCUUUUUCUUGGAGCAAUCUUACGCUUUUACUUCGUCAUUGCUCCGGCCUUAUUAGAUUUUAGAGAGCGCUUUUAAUGAAAAACACAGCUGCUGGCAAAAUGAGUAACGAGUCAACUGCUAGUGAGUCAACACCAUUUCGCCGCCCGGAAAGCCAAAAUAGCUUUGACGUAUCGUCGUCUUUGUUGUUGUUAGCAAAAUCGCGUGACGUGGAAAAACAUUAUCGUAACCUAAAUCAAAACUCCAACGAUAUCAGCAACAGCAAUUGCAGCUGCGACAACGUCAACGGCAACGGCAACGGCAACAGCAAUAGCAAUAGCAACACCAGUAGCGCCACAGUAUCGACAACAGCCGCAUUGGCCAUCGCAAAUUUGAAUAACAACAACGUUGAAGUGCGUCUUUGUGCUGGUUCCGGAGAGGAAUCUAUCGAGCAAAUUUCUAAAACAAACAAAAUGGAUCACAACAAACGAGUGUUAUAUCGCGUGGCAUUGGAUGUGUUCAUACUACUCUGCGUGGGUUUUCCGAUUUUAUUAUUUUACCUAUGGGGGUCCGCCUACCAACGUGGGUUCUUUUGCGAUGACGAGUCCCUGAAGCAUCCAUUCAAGGAGUCAACUGUAAAGAAUUGGAUGUUAUACUUUGUAGGGCUGGUAUUGCCCAUUGGAGUGAUGCUUGCGGUCGAGAUAGUGAGAGCGGAACGUAGUAAAACAUCAUCAGAUGGAGCUUUUCCCACCCGUAGGUAUAUUUUCAUGGACUAUGAGGUUCCUGCUUGGAUGGUUGAAUGCUACAAAAAAAUUGGUAUUUUCGGCUUUGGAGCAGCUGUGUCCCAGCUCACGACAGACAUCGCUAAAUACUCGAUUGGGCGUUUGAGACCUCACUUUUUCGCAGUCUGUCAGCCCAUCUUGUCCGAUGGCACUACAUGUGAUGAUCCAAACAACGCGGGAAAAUACAUCGAGGACUUCACGUGCAAAGGCGAUGAUUCCACGAAGCGCAUGUUAAAAGAAGUUCAUCUUUCAUUCCCCAGCGGACACUCAAGCUUUACAUUCUACACCAUGGUAUAUACUGCGUUAUACUUACAAUCGCGCAUGGACUGGAAAGGAUCUAAGUUGUUGCGUCAUUCUUUACAGUUUCUGUUUAUUAUGAUUGCCUGGUAUACGGCCCUGAGUCGAGUAUCGGAUUAUAAGCACCAUUGGUCUGAUGUGCUGGCCGGUUCCUGCAUUGGUGCGCUCAGUGCUGUGAUCGUGAGCAACUUUCUGCCGAAGGAUUGGUUCAAUUGGAAUACAGUUUGGCCCGUUAAGCAUAAUAAAAUGCGCUGAUAGCUAUAAAUAACCAUACUGUAUCCAUAGGCUAUUAAUUAAAUACAUAUACAGUUUUAUUAUACAUUUUGCACGAAUAAGAAUAACUAGAGACUUACGCUUCAAUAUAAAAAGUUUAAACUCAAAAUAAAGAGAAUAAAGCCUGUGAAAAGCAAUCAAAAUUAUAGUCG